AAUGGUCUGCGUUCAGAAUUGUAAAAACUUGUGAAAUCUUGUAACGUGAAUCCAAACAACGCGUCUGUGGCAAAAAACAAAAUUACAGUUAAUAGAGAGAAAGAAACAACCGAUAAGCGAUGUCCUUCUCGUUCGGCACACCCACAACAAACCCCGGCCUAGGCGCAGGCGGCGCUGUCCCCGCAACAGGCGGCUUCAGUUUUGGCGCGCGACCCGCAACAAGCGCCCCGCCUCCUGCCUUUGGUGCUGCAACGGCCACCUCGAGUCUGGCCGGAGCAGCGAGUGCUGCCAUAGGCGUAGCGGCACCCAACUUUAGUUUUGGGUCCACCGCUGUCAGUGCGGCGCCAACGCUUGGCUUUGGCUCUCAGGCUGCAGCGGCUCCAACCGCAACGGGCAUGAUGCUACCCGCCUUCGGAGCGGCGACAGCGGCGCCUGCAUUUGGUGCACCGGCAGCAGCACCCGCCUUUGGCGCAACUGCAGUAGCACCCAGUUUUGGUGCACCCACAGCGACGUCUGCAUUUGGUGCACCCGCAGCAGCACCUGCCUUUGGCGCACCCGGAUCGGCACCCGCCUUUGGUGCAACAACAGCGACGCCCGCCUUUGGCGUUGCAGCUACAGCGCCUGCAUUCGGUGCACCGACAGCAGCCGCACCCGCAUUUGGUGCGCCGGGAUCUGCCCCAGCCUUUGGUACAGCGACUGCCACAGUGGCGCCCUCGUUCAGUUUCUCGACGCCGACGACGAGCGCACCGACAACAGCGCCGCCCGCCUUCGGCUGCACGGCAAUGCCUGCAACAUUGGGCGCAGGCGUUGGCGCUUUCUCCUUCAUCAAGCAGCAGGCUCCGACGGCCGCCAGUCUGAACUUCAACACGACCACAACGACGGCCACCGCGCUGCCUUUCAAUGCGAACCUGCGCCUGGGCGGAAACAUGUACUCCGGCCCUGGCCCCAAUCCCAGUGCCGGCAUCUUUGGCAAGCCAUUGACAAUUGGCGCACCGGCAGCAUCAGCACCACCGGUCUUUGUUGGCCUCGGCGGCAUCGAUGUGGGCGCCACGCAACCCAAGCUGGGCGACAACAAGCAGGAUGGCAUCAAGAUAAAGGAGACCCAGGUGCCGGAGGAGAUAAUCAAGACAGUUGAUGCACUCAAGGCGUACAUCAAGCAGCAGAAGACCAUCUCCUCGGAUAUUGGACGCACCUCGACAUCCAAGCUGAGCAAUGUGAGCCAUGAGAUCACAAAUCUACGCUGGGUACUGCAGAGCAUGGCCAAUUCGGUGGAUGCCAACAAUCGGCUCAUUAAACAGCUGCGCAGCGAAACGGCCAAAGCCAUUCAAUCCCUGGAGAUGGUGCAGCGGACACAGGACACGCCGGCCGGACUGCAAUUUGAGAAUACGGCACCGUUCCAGUACUUUCAGUGCCUGGUGGCUAGAUACGAAGAGGAUCUGAUUGGGUUCCGGCAGCAAAUCAAGCUCACCGAAAGCCACAUGCAUGCAUUGGCCAAUCCACAGAGCAUAUCGCCGAGUGACCUCAAGCGUGGCUUCCAUCAGAUCAACGAAUCCUUCGUGUCGCUCGCCGGACGCCUGCAUGAGCUGCAUCAGCGUGUCGAGGAGCAAAAGGAGCAAUAUUUAAAUCUACGUCGCUAUCGUCUGCGCGAUGCCACCAAUGUCUUUGCCAAGCUCGACAAUCCGCCCGUGCAGCUGGUGGAGCCACAGCGUAUCAGCAGCGGACCGACGCCCUUCUCCAGCAUUUCGGCGAUAAGCACGCUGAACAAGAGCUACGCAGCCGCCUCGGCGGCCACAGCCAACACUGCUGCUGCAUCCAAAUGAUACGCCGCCAAUUGGUCAUCCAGCGAGCAUUAUUGGAUUUAGUUUUUAGUUGUUAUCUUGGAAUCGAACGUUCAAUAAACUUAUUAUCAAAGACACUAAGAA